CUACAUUAUAAGGAAUUGGCCUUUGCUAUAUUUGGUACAUGCUUCUUACAUAGUAAGGCUAUAUUUUGCUUUUCAUCUUCUCCUCCGGAUAUAGUUACACUUGCCUUGAAAGAUUAAUUUAGCGAGUGUGGAGCUCUCUUCUCUAUAUAUGCACCUUUUUGCUAUUUUUAUUUUCAUCCAUUAUAGAGAUCAUAGGUUUUACAAUGGGGAGAGGCAAGAUUGAGAUCAAGAAAAUCGAGAAUGUCAAUAGCCGCCAAGUCACCUUCUCCAAACGCCGCUCUGGUUUACUCAAGAAGGCUAGGGAGCUCUCCAUUUUGUGCGAUUCCGACGUCGGUGUCAUCAUCUUUUCCAGCACAGGGAAGCUCUAUGAAUUCUCUAGCUCCCGCAUGGAACAAAUCAUUGCAAGAUACAACCACAAGAGCCCAGAUUCUUCUGAACUUCCUUCCAUUGAAAAUGCGGCCGCUCCUGAAGUAGAAGCCUUGAAAUUGGAGAUUGUGAAGCUCCAAAAGGUGUACAGGAGGAUGAUGGGGAAAGAGCUGGAAGGGUUGAACUACAAAGAGUUGCAGCACUUGGAGCAUCAACUAAAUGAAGGCAUUUUAUCUGUUAAAGACCGCAAGGAGCAAGUACUGCUGGAGCAGCUUGAGAAAUCCAAAUUUCACGAGCAGAAGGCUGUUCUUGAAAAUGAAACUUUGCGUGAACAGAUUGAGGAGUAUCGACGCACCACAAGUACCCCAUAUCAGCAAAAUCAUUAUAUUGAGAGAAGAAAUUCCUUUGCAAGUUCAAGCAUAGUCAGUCAGCAGAGAUCAACCAAAGAAAGAGAUUCCGACACUUCCUUAUGCUUAGGGCUGGGGGCAAGUGAUGCUUAUGAAAAGAGAAAGAGACCAAAGAUUGAAUGGGCAUCAAAUGAAUCAGGAAGUCACAUUGCUUCACCUUAAAGCCUUGAUUCUAGCUCGUACAAGUAGUUCUUAUAAUAUAUAGUAAAGAACUUCGUCAUCUAUUCUAAUGAUGUAUAAUUAUUCAAGUUCUUUCUCUAUUUUUGACGGUAGAUCUUUUAGCACCCUAGAUGUGGCUACUCCUAAAUAUAUGUAUUGCUGGUAUGCUUCUUAAUGUAUAAGAUAAAAGUUGCGAGCUA